AUGGGCGCUCUCGGUUUCCUUUUGGCAUUUUUCUCCAUUUCCGGGGUAUUUUGUGUUCCAGAAAGAUCAGGUAAGAGGUCUAAAGUAAUAUUUAUUAUUUGAAUUCUUGUAGAAUACAGAUCAUACACUGGCUAUGACCUGGUCGAGAUCAAUGAUCCUGCCGAGAAAAGUGCGGGAAUUUACUUCCGAAUUAGUCAGCGGGGAGUGGAUUACCUGGCCGAUCUGACUUCGGACGGGCUCCCUCUCAUCUUCCAUCGGAUGAUGUUGCCCACCAUUUCGGAGAGCGGUGUGAAGAUACACGACGCCGUUAUCACAAAGAUUCUAAGACCUGACAUUUCUGUCAAAUUUUUGAGGGGAUAUGGUAAGGACGAGCUCGAAGAAAAUCGACCAUCUGUCUUUUAUUAUUGAAAUAAAUACUACCGUCUAUUUUCAGGUGUCGAUAUCUCGAUCCGAAUGUCCGAGUUAGAGAUCCGAGGGAAUGCCGAACUCGACUUCCUGAUUGCAUCUUAUUCUUCUCAAGUGGUCGCUCUCUCUAAUAAUAUGACUGUAAAUAUGAGAGUUUCAAUUCGAAGACAUCUCAACGAAAGCAUUACGAAUGUCGCGGUAACAUAAAUUACAGUAAUCGUAUGGUCUGCAGGUAUCUCAUUGUUCUGUGAAUCCAGGAGUUUUGAAGCUAAAUUAUUAUGGGAAGGAUGCCAGCGAAUUCUACAGCAUAGGUAAUCUAAUCCAAGAAGGAAUCGAUGGUGCUAUAAAAGAUAAAAUUUGCAUAUUGCCCCCGUUGGUCAGGGAAUUUCUGCGGGAGAAGGUAGGUGCUAACUACGUCGUCUUAUCGCAUUCAAAGAUUGAUUUGCUAAUGUCAACUCGCACUCCCAAAGACGAAACACUUCUUAAUGAAAUCGGACCCAAGGAGGAGUCCAAAUCGGUAAUCGAUCAUUUGUGUGGUGGUAUCGAUGACAAUAAGGAUUACAUCCCUGAUAUAUACGAUGAAGAUGAUGACGAACCCUCGGUCAGCAUUGCUCACAAAGGCCACAAAUUUGUGCCAGACCUCAGUCUCAGGUAUCCACCAACCUUUUCCGACAACGUGAGUUUAUAUUUUCAAAGAUUAUUGGUUUAGGAUUUGAUCGUUGGAAUUGAUGGAGGUGUCCUGGUCAAUGGAAAUCCGCCGAAAAAUGUCAGCGAAAGGCCCAAACUCAACGAGGUGACUGUAUUGAGAGACCAGGUGAGAAUGUUUUGAGAUUAGAGUACCACAAUAUAAGUUUAUAAUUAUAUUCUGUUUAAUAUAGAUGGUGGGUCUAAUUCUCAGCGAAUACGUGUCCAACACUUUGUUCCAUCAGAUCUACGACCACGGAAUGGGUCAUGUGUCGGUGGUCUAUGGGAUUAGACAUAUCCCGAAGGUGUUCCGCCCCAUCGCCAAGUUGGUCUGCUCCGACUGCAAACUGCUUAUCACAGCGAAUCUGAGUCGGUAUGCCCUUUUGAGUACAAACUGAUCAUCCUUCAGAGUCCCCGAUAGUCAGAUCGAUAACAAUGGCAUCCUGUUGAAGCUCGAAGGUGACGUCAGCGCCGUCUUCUUCCGCAACAACGAAACCCACAACAUCUUGACAACCAAUGGAGUGAUCCGGGUGAAUGUAAGUUCAGGUUAUAAGUUCGAGUAAUGGCUAAAGAUCAAACCCAGGUUCAGGCACAGUCGCCUCUUCAGCGAUAUUCUUCUGGCUGGAGUCGACUUCAAAGUGCACAGAGUAAGUUGUUUUUGACUCAUGAUGACUAAACAAAUAUGACCUUUGACCAACUUUUCCGUUCAUUUAGGCGGGUCUAAGUGGCACCAUGUCUGGUCUUGUCCGUAAAAUCGUAACCUUCAUGAUUCCUCGGGCCAUUUGGCCGAAAAUCCAACAGAGACUUCGACUGGCCAUGAGUUACAAAGGCAUCAGAAUCCCCAGAUUCUGCACAUUGGAAUUGCGUAAUCUUCACGUAGAUUACGUAAAACACGCGGUCGUAUUAUCCACAGAUUUUGAUGUGGAUCUCCCAUUACUGGUUAGAUCUUUCAAACAAUUUAUGGACUCUACUUCGAGGAAUGCAGAGACUCUCGAUGAAUUCAGAGAAGUAUUCCGAUAUCUAUAA